AUGUAUCAUUGUAUCAAUGCAUGCAUUGAAGUCCUUGCUUCUCUGUAUGAUGCAUUUCUUGCAAGCGUGCAAUUAAAGAAGCCCACUGGUCUGCAGAAGGGGCUCACUCUGAAUCUUGCUUUAUUAACACUGAUUCUGGGUACUGGGGGUACCUUCCAGUAUGGGUUACACAUCUCACUCAUCAAUGCUCCGGCCAAAUAUAUUCAAACAUUCAUCAAUGGCACCUGGCAACAUCGUUACGGAUCAUCCCUUCAGCCGGACACAGUCUUACUGUUGUGGUCCUUCAUUGUGUCUGUGUAUAGCAUUGGAGGCUUGCUAGGGGCUCUGGCAGUUGGACACCUCUCAGUCACAUUUGGAAGAAAAAAGACUCAGCUUUACAACAACUUGGCUGCUCUGCUGGGUGCUCUUCUGAUGGGAAUGAGCCAGACUGCCCAUUCUUUUGAGAUGAUUAUAUUAGGACGAUUGUGUUAUGGCAUAAAUGCAGGUGUUAGUCUGAAUCUACAUACAAUGUACAUAGGGGAGUGUGCCCCCCAGAGACUACGUGGGAUGAUAACUGUAACUGUGUCUUUCUUUAUCGCUUUUGGAAAAUUGAUGGGUUUCGUCAUAGGACUCAGGGAAUUCAUGGGCUCAGAGGAACUAUGGCCUUAUCUUAUGGCAGUUAGUGCUAUCCCUGCACUCAUUCAGUUAGCAACACUGCCCUUCUUCCCUGAAUCUCCACGUUACCUCCUUAUUGAUAAAGGCGAUACGGAUGGUUGUCUGAAAGCUAUGCAGCAAUUGUGGGGUCCAGGAGACCACAGUCGGGAGGUGAAAGAAAUGUUAAAGGAGAAGAUGGCAAUGGAAGGAAACCAGAUAAAAGGCAUGAAGGAUCUCCUGUCCGAUCGCGCUGUACGGUGGCAAAUGAUCAUGAUGGUGCUAACCUGUGGGGGAAUACAGCUCAUCGGGAUCAAUGCGGUUUAUUUCUAUGCAUAUGACAUUUUCCAGAAUGCAGGUAUACGAGAAAGUCAGAUUCCUUAUGUGUCCUUGGGCAUCGGCUUAACUGAAAUUCUCACAACAAUACUGUGUGGGUCUAUCAUUGACUGUCUUGGCAGGAGGGUCCUACUGUGGAUGAAUUAUGGGGUCUUGGCAUUGACCCUUGCUUUGCUUACUACAACUCUCUCACUGCAGGACAAUUAUAGUUGGCUCCCUUAUGUAUCUUCCAUGCUUAUCUUCAUAUUCACACUCAGCUAUGGUUUGGGACCUGGUGGAGUCUCUUGUGUCCUUGCCACUGAGUUGUUUAUUCAAUCAUACAGACCAGCCGCAUACAGCCUAAUUGGAAUAAUGAACUGGGUUGGGUUGUUCGUCCUGGCACUGGUUUUCCCUUUCAUCGAGGAAGCAUUGGGGCCCUUCUGCUUUAUUUUCUUCUUACUUUACUGCUUUUUCAUGACUGUGUUCACGCUCCUGAUGUUGCCAGAGACCAAGGAUAAAAGCAUCAUUGAGAUUCUGGAAUCCUUUAACCACCUCAACAUAAGGGAGAAGAAUCACAUUCCUGUCUAUGACACUCAACUUUAAGAUUACAGAGUGUUCCCAUGCUUGUGCAACAUAGCAGUUGAACAGUAAAACAGGAGUUUAUAAACUAUUGUACAGAUGCCUUUUUAUAAUGUAAAAAUUCACAGGUGUCACAAUGUAGGGUAGGGGUAUUUUAUUGAAGAUUAAAGGACAAACAGAUACAACGUUUCGGCCUUUAGGUCUUAAUCAUGUAAAGGCCGAAACGUUGUAUCUUUUGGCCUUUGAUCUUCAAUAAAAUACCUCUACCUUCAC